AUGGUCCCCCAAGAAUUUAGCUACAAAGAACAGCCAGAAACCCUAGUUCUUUUCGACGUCGACGGUACUCUAACUCCAGCAAGACUAACUGUGUCCGAUGAAGUCAGAGACACUUUGGCUCAACUAAGAAAGAAGGUUGUUAUCGGAUUCGUCGGUGGAUCUGAUUUGAGUAAGCAGCUCGAGCAAUUGGGCCCUAACGUGUUGAACGAGUUCGACUACGCUUUCUCUGAAAAUGGUCUAACUGCUUACAGAUUGGGUGAGAAAUUGGCUUCUCAAUCUUUCAUCAACUGGAUUGGUGAAGAAGAAUACAACAAGCUAUCGGUUUUCAUCUUGAAGUACCUAUCAAGCAUCGAUUUGCCUAAGAGAAGAGGUACUUUCUUGGAAUUCAGAAACGGUAUGAUCAACGUGUCUCCAAUCGGCAGAAACGCCUCGACUGCUGAACGUAACGAAUACGAACAAUACGACAAGGAACACCAGAUCAGAGCCAAGUUUGUCGAGGCCUUGAAAAAGGAGUUCUCGCACUUGAAAUUGACCUACUCGAUCGGUGGCCAGAUCUCCUUCGACGUCUUCCCUACUGGCUGGGACAAGACCUACUGUCUGCAGCAUGUGCAGCAAGACGGUUUCAAGAAAAUCCACUUUUUCGGUGACAAGACCAUGGUCGGCGGUAACGACUACGAAAUCUUCUCCGAUGACAGAACCAUCGGUCACUCUGUGCAGACUCCAAAUGACACCGUCAAGCUUUUGCGCGAAAUUUUCGACUUGUAA